CGGUAUGGCAACUCAUUACAACAGCUGAUAGUUUGUUUAUGUUGAAGAGGAUACCUGCAAUUAUUUAUAUUCCUUAAUUUGCACAAAGUUUUGACAAAUGCCGCAGAAUUAUAGACAAACUGAGACAUAUAAUUAGCAGCACAAACAACUUGUGAUAAGUAAAAUUAACAUUCAAUAGUACACUGCGGCAGUGGCAUACAAAACUCUACGGUCAUGAGCACGGGCCAAAGGACAACAACCAUGGACAAUAAAUUGUGCCAUGAAGGACGCUUGAGUUUAUAUUGUUACCUGACAACAACUAUUAUAGUGCUGAUGGCUACUGUACCACAAAUCUACUUUGGCACAGUACCAAAUGUGUGGGGUGCUGCUAUGUGGGGUCCCGUGCUGUAUUAUGCAUUGAUAAAUAUGGUGAUACGUUAUUUAUUGCGCGAUAAUGAUUACCAGAUUGCGAUUCGUUCCACAUUUUUGGGCUUUAUGGAAGCUGUCAGCAUACUAGUCAUUUUGUUUGCCCCCAACGAGUUGAAGCAAUUUGGUGUGUAUGCCUUAUUUAUGGCAUUCUUCCAUUACUCAGAAUUUCUUGCCAUUGCGUGGUGCAAUCCAAACAGUCUUUCCACUGAUUCAUUCAUUCUAAAUCACUCGAUUCACUAUGCUAUAGCGGCUAUAGCUAGCUGGAUUGAGUUUGCUUUAGAAGUAUGGUUGCUGCCUAGCUUUAAAGACUUCUAUUACAUUUGGCUACUCGGUGUAGUAUUAUGUGCAACUGGUGAAAUUAUUCGAAAGGUAGCCAUGAUUACGGCGCGAAACAGUUUUACGCAUCUAGUUCAACACGAAAAGGCAGAUAACCAUAAAUUGAUAACGCACGGUAUUUAUGCUUACAUGCGUCAUCCAUCGUAUGUAGGCUGGUUCUGGUGGUCUGUGGGCACGCAAAUAAUACUACUCAAUCCCGUUUGUAUACUAAUUUAUACUGUUGUGUCAUGGAAGUUCUUCCACGAUCGCAUCUUCAUGGAGGAAAUUACAUUAUUGAACUUCUUUCGCUCCGAUUAUCACAAAUAUCAGCAAAAUGUGCCCACAGGUUUGCCAUUCAUUAAAGGUUAUACUCUCGAUUAGCUGACUGCAGCUGCUGAUAAGUGUGAGCUGGAGCGCCAUCAAUGUGCUGUGCAUUUAAAUGAAAAAUAUUAAAACUAGUUUCUCACAAUAUCUAUUUGUAUUUAGGUAAUUAAUUAAGAGAACAUAAAGUGUUGUACUAAUAAGUAUUUUUAUUAACAAGAAAUGUGUAAUACAAAUAACUUAAUAAUUGACUAUUUUAUUGCAGUAACCAAAAUUAUAAUCUAAUAUUAAAUGAUUAAUAUUGUAUUAAAAAGUAA